AGGACCCUGGGAUCAUGACCUGAGCCAAAGGCAGACGCUUAACCAUCUGAGCCACCCAGGCGCCCGGUACAGGUUCCUUACGUUUCUCUAAAAGACAAAACACUUUUUAAAAAAAUGUAACCACAAUACCAUUAUUAUUCCUAAGGUCUUUAAACAAUACCUCCUUAUUUUAAUCAAGUAUUCAUUGUUCAGAUUUCCCCCAACCGUCUCAUUUUUCCCCCGACAGUUGGUUAAAAUUAGACUCGAAACAAGGUCCACACAUUGCAUUGGUUUGCUCUGCCUGUUAGGACUCCCUUUCUUUUCUUCAUGUAAUUUAUGUGUGGAGGAAACGAGGCCGCUUGGAGGCAUGAGUGUUGGCAAUGCGGGACUGAGCUGAGCACCCCCGCGGAGCGAGCAGGACAGGGAAGCUGAGGAUGACCCGACCGUCCAGAUAGUCGGGUCACCUAUCUGCAGGAAGGAGGCAGGAGGUGGAGGCCCGUCCUGAGCAAGGGGAGAGGCCAGGGCUGCUGGGGGCCGGGGCCUGUUCUUGUGAUCCCUGAGGCCUUACGGCUGAUGGAGCUGCGGGAAGGCGGGAAGACGGCCUGAGCCCAGGAGCAGGGGCAGAACCAGGUGGGCGAGAGGUCAGGGGCCAGGCUGGAGGUGAGGGAGAGGCCGGGCCUGAGGUCAGGCCUGGAAGGAACAGGAUGUCUGUGUCGUGGAUGAAGGGAGAGGACAGUGCCAGAAACCAGCUCCUCCCACCCUGGCCCCGGCCCCUGGAGCCCCUCCCUGGCCUCCCAGCUACAGCUCCUCCCAGGGGCCCAGACACCAGAUCCCUUCACAAUGCUGGUGGUCGGUGGCCCCUUGUUCUGCCUUCUCCUCCUCCUGCUCCUGGGCCCCCACAGCCCUGAGGGGGCCCAGCCUCCUCAGAGAAGGUUUGAAUAUAAGCUCAGCUUCAAAGGACCAAGACUGGCGCUGCCUGGGGCUGGAAUACCCUUCUGGAGUCAUCAUGGAGAUGCCAUACUGGGCCUGGAAGAGGUGCGGCUGGCUCCAUCCGUGCAGAACCGCAGCGGCGCCGUGUGGAGCAGGGUCCCCGUCCUCCUCUCUGCCUGGGAGGUGGAGGUGCAGAUGAGGGUGACCGGGCCGGGGCGCCGGGGAGCCCAGGGCGUGGCCGUGUGGUACACCCGGGGCAGGGGCCAAGUAGGCUCUGUCCUGGAGGGGCCGGCCUCAUGGGACGGCAUCGGGAUCCUCUUUGACUCCUCGGCCCAGGAUACCCAGAACAGCACUGCCAUCAGCGUGCUGGCCAGCGAUGGGCACACUCACUACGAGCCGCCUGGGGACAGAGCCAGCGGGGUGCUGGGCUCCUGCCACCGGGACUCCCGCAACCUGCCGUACCCCUUCAGAGCACGGAUCACCUACUGGGGGCAGAGGCUGCGCGUGUCUUUGAACAGCGGCCUCACUCCCAACGACCUAGAUGAGGUCUGCAUUGACACGGGGCCCCUGCUUUUGGCUCCUGGAGGUUUCUUUGGGGUCUCGGCAGCCACCAGCACCCUGGCAGAUGACCAUGACAUCCUGUCCUUCCUGACCUUCAGUCUGAGUGAGCCGGGUCUGAAGGUGCCCCCGCCCCCAGCCUUUCUGGAGAUGGAGGAGCUCCGGCUGGCGAGGCAGCUGGAAGGGCUUCAGGCAAAGCUGGCCCUGGGCCCCAGGAAGGAUGCGAUUCCACAGCCGAGCUCCAAAGUCCAGGAAGAGGGGGAAAGAAGCUUUGGCCUGGAGGAGAUGCUGGGCAGACACCGCCAAAUCCUGCAAGCUCUCCAGGGUCUGUCCAAACAGUUGGCCCAGGCUGAGAGGCAAUGGAAGAAGCAGCUGGGGUCCCCAGGCCACGCCAGGCCUAUGGGAGCCUGGGUGAGUGGCCCCUGGGGCACCCAAGACCCUGCCUGCAGGCCUGGAAAAGCAAGCUCCCUCAGGCACUGGGUCCCUGGCACCAGUGGGCUCCCUCUGUCCAGAAAGAGGAGCAAGCACUAUACUUGGGAACUUGUCUCCCCCAAGGUCUGGAGGGAAAGGAGAGCCGGGGUGCAGUGCUGCAGGUGGCAGGAUGGGGUGGACCUGCCAGGCAGGGGAGCAUGCGGGAGGGUAGCCCUGCACGAGCACAUACCCACGGAUCCACGCGGCUGGGGCUGGGGAGAGGAGAUGCCAGGUACUUGGACACAGGCUGUAGACAAGUCUGACGAGGGGCCAGGCAAGCUGGCAAGGACUUCCAGAAGGAAGAGGGCUACAGCAUCCUUGGGGAAGAGGGACUCUGAGAAGAGAGGGGCUGUGCCCUGGGCCCUAGAGAACAGGGCGGCACUCCUGCAGGACUCUGCCAAGGUCAGCGCCCUGCUCCAUGGACAGAGGACUCUGCUCUAGGACCUGCAAGAGAUGAGGGAUGCAGCUGCCCACGUGGCCUCAAGAGCCCAGCUCUUCUAUCCUGUGGGCACCAAGCAUCAUUUCUUAGAGCUGGCCCAGAUCCUGAGCCUUCUGCAGAAGGACCUUCAGGGCCCACUGGAAGCAGCAACCAAGAAGCCCCGCCCACCUGGCCACCCCCCAGGGGCCCUCAUGCCUGCGCCCUCCUCAUGCCUGCGGCCCAGCAUCUUCUUGUUCUUCCUCCUCAUUCAGACUAUAGGCUUCUUCUGUUACGUGCACUUCAGGCAGGAGCUGGACAAGAGCCUUUGGGACUGUUUGCCCAUAGGCACCCCUCUGUGUCCUGCACCACGCAUCCCUGGGGCCCUGGGGGUUCUGAGGAGGCAGCUCUCUCCCCCAGCAUGCGUGCAUGACUCACCUGAGAACCCUGAAGGAGGUGGGUGGUGUCUAGGGAGUAGAGAGCUUGGCCAGUACCUUCUCCUUCUGGGUGCCCAGCUCCUGCCCACACCUUAACUUUUGGGGAGCUCCAGUCUUAU